ACUGGAAAGUAGAGAGUGGACUGCAGGGUUUGGAACGAAGUGCGGACUGCCUGUAGCACAGAAGGCGGGAGGGAGGAAAGGAGGAGGGCAGUAGGGAGCUGAGGCCCCACCUGUCAUUCCAGCAAAGUGCGGCAGCGGCAGCGGAGCAGGGGUGAGUCAGAGGCACUGGCGCUCAGCCUCCCAGUAGGUGAGGGGCUGGCUCUUCUCUCCGGGGAGCAGCGCAGUUCUGUUCUUACCGGAGUGGCCUUGGCAGGCUGCUGGAGCCCUCGGUCUGCCCGGUCUGGUCUCCGCGGCCAGGGCUGGGUUCCCUCAUGUAUGGCAAGAGCCCUUCGCGUGCUGGGCUGCUUCUCCUUGGCAUACAGCUCACGGCCCUUUGGCCAAUAGCUGCGGUGGAAAUUUACACCUCCCAAGCGCUGGAGGCUGUCAAUGGGACAGAUGUUCGGUUAAAGUGCACUUUCUCCAGCUUUGCCCCCGUGGGUGAUGCUCUGACGGUGACCUGGAACUUCCGGCCUCGAGAUGGGGGGCCUGAGCAGUUUGUAUUCUACUACCACGUGGAUCCCUUCAAACCCAUGAGCGGGCGUUUCAAGGAUCGGGUGGUGUGGGACGGGAACCCUGAGCGGUAUGACGUCUCCAUCAUCCUGUGGAAGCUGCAGUUUGAUGACAAUGGGACAUACACCUGCCAGGUGAAGAACCCACCUGACGUUGAUGGGCUGAUAGGGGAGAUUCGGCUCAGCGUCGUGCACACUGUCCGCUUCUCUGAGAUCUAUUUCCUGGCCCUGGCCAUUGGCUCUGCCUGUGCACUGAUGGUCAUAAUCGUAAUCGUGGUGGUCCUCGUCCAGCAUUUCCGGAAGAAACGAUGGGCUGAGAGAGCUCAUAAAGUGGUGGAGAUAAAACCAAAAGAAGAGGAAAGGCUCAAUCAAGAAAAAAAGGUCUCCAUUUAUUUAGAAGACACAGACUAA